AUGCCAUCAUUACUGUGGAGGCUAAGUGUCACCCUCAAGACCUAUUACCUGCACAUUGUCCAUUUCGCCGACGUUGUCACAACUUGUCCUUGGAAAACGCCAAUUUCUACACUCCUCGAAACCCCACGAACCGAUUGCACCCAGAAUAUUCCUCACUGUCAAGAGAAGUGUGAAUUGCCGUUGAAGUGCGCCCAUACCUGCCAAGGUAUUUGUCAUGAAGGCGAGUGCCGACCUUGCUUUCAGUCGGUGUUAAUUGCAUGUCGCUGCGGUAGGACAAUAUCAAACACUAUGUGUCAUCAAGGAGUGGAUGAGAAGCCACAGUGCCCUCGAGUAUGCCGAGCGACACUCAACUGUGGGAGACACGAGUGCGGCGAGCGAUGUUGUUCUGGCGAAAAGAAAGCAAGUGAGCGACAAGCCGCAAAACGAAAGCAUCGUGCUUUGAAUGCUCCGCCGACAGAAGAGAACAUUGAGGCUGAGCACAUCUGUCUCAAAGUCUGUGGACGCACACUCAAAUGUGGUGAACAUGCUUGCGCUGAACUUUGUCACAAGGGCCCUUGUAGAUCAUGCCGUGAGGCUAUCUUCGAAGAAAUCAGCUGCGCUUGUGGCCGUACCGUUUUGCAGCCUCCAAUGCCUUGCGGGACGAAACCACCUGAGUGCCGUUUUGAUUGUACAAGAGCAAGAACUUGUGGUCAUCCACAAACUAAGCAUCAAUGCCAUCUCGAUGGCGAAGCUUGUCCAAAGUGUCCCUUCCUUGUAGAGAAGCCUUGUAUUUGUGGCAAACGGACUUUGAAAAACAUUCCGUGUUGGUUCACUGAAGUCCGGUGUGGCUUGCCGUGCGGGAAAAAGUUAAAGUGCGGUAUACAUUCUUGUCAAAGUCUCUGCCAUCGUCCCGGACAAUGCGAAGACGCGACUUCGCCAUGUCAUCAACCGUGCGGAAGGCAGAAAAGCGUUUGCGAUCACUCCUGUACCGACGCUUGCCAUGCUCCUUACCCCUGUAAGGAAACACUACCUUGCCAAGGCAAAACCUUCAUCACCUGCCAAUGUCAACAUCAGAAACAAGCGGUCAAAUGUCUCGCAUCGAAAACCAGCGAGGGCAAUUCGAAAAAGACACUAGAUUGUAAUGACGAAUGUCUUAAGCUCCAACGCAAUGCAAAGCUUGCCGCAGCUUUGAAUAUUGACCCAAGCACUCACACAGAUGAUCAUAUUCCAUAUUCGCAACAAACAUUGGAUAUGGUCAAAGACAUGCUCAAAUUUUGUCAAACCUACGAGCGCGAAUUUCGCGUUUUCGCAGCGGAUCCAUCGGAGAAGAGAUUAAGAUUCAAGCCCAUGCCAUCUCAUCAGAGAGCAUUCCUGCACUCAUUGGCGGAAGACUAUGGCCUCGAUAGUGAAAGUCAAGAUCCAGAGCCCCAUCGCCACGUUUCGAUUUUUAAGACGCCACGCUUUGUAUCUGCGCCAUUGAAAACUCUAGCGCAAUGUGUCAAAGUCAAGCCAGUGACAGUCGUCGAAGCUGCAUCUUCAAAGAGAUUAGUUGCUACAGCCGAACCGUUCAAUGCAUUCUUAUUAUCGAAUCCUCGGUUUGGAUUAACUAUUGAUGAGAUACACACCGAUCUUUCGUCUGAAUUCGCAAAUGCGGGCCUCGAUUUCGACGUAUCUUUCCUACCUUCUGGUGAAGUUGUCCUUCGUGGAAAAGCUCCCGAGACUUGGUACACGAAAGUUGACUCCGCACUAACUGCUAUGCAGCAUAGUCUUGUUCAAAAGGUUAAAGCACUUCAAUUAGCGUCGACAGUUGUUCUCUGUAGUGUGGAUUCGAGUUUGAAUGUCGUCAGGAGAGAAGAUGAUCAUUUAGGGGGUGGGUGGAGUCAAGUGGCCAAAGGAGCCAGCGGAAGCAAAGCUCCAGUGAGGCCAGAGAUAGGUGUAAAAAGCAGCUUCACCGUUUUGGGAACUAGAAUGGCGGCGAAAAAGAAGAAAGAAGAACAGGAUUCUGCAGUAGAUGACUGGGAAAAGGAAGUGGAGGCUUGGGAUGCUUGA